UGUGGGUGAAGAUUUUUUGGCGGCAUCCGCUGCAUGAUAUGCCAUGCUUGUUAUAUUUUUGAUAGAUGCUGUUAAAAAAUUGGCAGCCAUUUAAGUGCAACCAUGUUUCCAGUUCGGACGAUGAAUGGCCCUGCAAUGGCAGUUAACGGUAACAAGAUCAUUAUUGAAAGGGUUGAAAACCCAAGUGAACAAGAAGAGGAACUGUCCAAGAUGGCUAAGGAGGGUGUACAGGAGACACUAAGUGAAGAGAUUUUUAUUCCCUAUGAUGCAUCAGCAUUGCCGCAAUCAUAUGCUGCAUUAAAACAUCCUGGAGAUAUUGUUGAAGCUGGCUCCCUUGCGGCUCAGAGGCUACCUGCUGUAGAGUAUGAUAUCACCUCAUCAUUCCCGAAAGAAGUGAUUGCUGAAGGUAAGCUGAGUGAUUUGCAGCUCGAAGGGAUUCUCUAUGCUUGCCAAAGACACCAGAAAAUCUUACCAAACGGUACCAGAGCAGGUUUUUUCAUUGGUGAUGGAGCAGGCGUUGGCAAGGGACGCCAGGUUGCAGGGAUAAUUUUUGACAGCUUCGUCCGCGGUCGAUGUAGGAACAUCUGGUUCAGUAUUUCGACAGAUUUGAGAAUUGAUGCUCAAAGGGAUUUGCACGAUAUUGGCUGUUAUAUAAAGGUCAUAGAUGGCUGUCAAGAGCUUGAUAAAGAAACCAGAGUUUUUGGUCUGCCAAAAGACUUCACAGAAGGCGUUGUUUUCAGUACAUAUGCUACACUUGUUUCUUUUGUUCAAAAAGGUGUCGGAUCCGGGAAGCAAAGUCGACUAAAGCAGCUUAUUGACUGGUGUGGUGGUGACACAUUCGAAGGCUGUUUGAUCUUUGAUGAAUGUCACAAAGCAAAACACUUUCUUCCUGGAAAUGAAAAAUCAAGCACUAAAGUUGCUUUGGCUGUUACGGAGAUUCAGAGGAUGUUGCCAAAAGCCCGUGUAGUCUACUGCAGUGCGACUGGAGUCACAGACGUAAAAAACAUGGCCUUUAUGGAGAGGCUCGGUUUGUGGGGAAGUGGAACUGCAUUCAAAGAUUUUACUCCGUUUUUGGAUAGUAUUACCAGGCGUGGAUUAGGUACGCUUGAAAUGCUAGCAAUGGAAAUGAAAGCGUCUGGAAUGUAUAUCUCAAGAGGACUUUCGUAUCGGCAAACUGAGUUCAUGAAUGUAGAGGCGAAUCUCACAGAUGCGCAGGUGAAGGUCUGGGAUCAAGCUGUUCACGUUUGGAAUGAACUAAGACGAUCAUUAUUGGUUGCUCUGGGGCGAACCAAGACAGUGCAGCCUCGUAUGUGGACCCAGUUCUGGGCGUGUCAUCAACGGUUUUUCAAACAGCUUUGCAUGAGCAUGAAAGUUCCAAAAAUUGUUGAGGAGGCCAAACAGGCAUUAAAUGACGGAUAUUGUGUUGUCAUAGGCCUUCAGACAACAGGAGAGGCUAGUUUAGGGCAGGAGAUAUCGCGUUGCGGUGGAACAGUGAACAAAUUCAUAUCAUUGACCAGAGAAAUCCUGCGACGCUUUAUUGAACAGCAUUUUCCAACGGAGGUCCACCUCAACCCUCGUGAAAGAAAAGUAGACCAAUGGAGCGAGCAAGCUAAAAACAUGCUGCUUGGUUUUGCUGACAAAAUUUCCCUGCCCAACAGUCCCCUAGAUGAAAUGAUAGACCUUCUGGGGGGUCCAGGCAUGGUCGCUGAAAUGACUGGUAGGUCAGGCCGUGUUGUGCGACCUGGUCCAAAAUCAGAGCCUCGUUAUGAAUCUCGGGCAGCUGCUUCUGGGAGUGUCGAAAGCCUGAACGUACAAGAGAGAAACAGCUUCAUGGCAGGGAAUAAACUCGUUGCAAUAAUCUCUGAUGCAGCUAGCACUGGCAUUUCGCUGCAUGCUGACCACAGAGCUGAAAAUAAGAGGCGAAGGAUUCAUCUGACGGCAGAGUUGCCCUGGAGUGCUGACAAAGCAGUUCAGCAACUUGGCAGGUCACAUCGAUCAAAUCAGAGCAGCGGUCCGAUUUAUAAACUUGUCACGACGAACCUUGGAGGAGAGCGUCGUUUUGCUGCAGCAGUUGCGAAAAGGUUGCAAUCUCUAGGUGCAUUAACAAAGGGAGACAGAAGGGCUGCAAGUGCAGCCGAUUUAUCAGAAUAUAACUUUGACAGCAUUUAUGGGCGACUUGCCUUGCGAACAAUGUAUACGAGCAUUGCCCAGCACACGUUCUUUAAAGGCGUCAUGUUCUCAGAUGUGCUUGAAUGUGCUCACACAAGCAAGGAAUACACUUUGGAAGAAUUUCACAACAUGCUACGGGAAUGUCUUAUCAAAAUGGACAUGAUCGACACUAACAUUCUGGGUGCCACAGUGAAGCAAAGUGAAGCAGGAAAUGUGUCAAAAUUUUUAAACAGAAUUCUAGGCCUCACAGUAGAAAGGCAAAAUUUAAUAUUUUCAUACUUUUAUGAAGGCAUGAAGUCUUUAAUUAGGGCAGCAAAAAGAGAUGGAAGAUACAACGAAGGUGUUACUGACGUCAGAGGCAACUCUAUCAAACUGGUCCAGGAGCCUGUGAUUGUUUUCUCCGAAGCUCAAAUAUCCUCUGUAGUAACAAAGCAUGUCGUAUUGUCUAUUGAUCGUGGACUUAGUUGGGAAAAGGCUUUGAAUUUACAGGAAAGUCAUUCCGGCAACUUGGAUGGGUUUUAUUGCUCGAAAAAGGAACAAAGGGGCAGACGACUCUAUUUAUUGGCAAUUGAAAAAGAUCAAGCAACGAAUUUGUUUAUAAUUUAUAGGCCGAAUACUGGAAUGUCACCUUUUGAAGAAACAAAAGAUGACCUUUUGCAGAAAUAUGGGCAUGUUCAAGCGAGCGACGCAGAGUCUGGAUGGAAACUGCAGUAUGAAAAGACCGAAUCAAGCUGCAUUCAUGGCUCAAACUGCAAGUCUGGUCCAGCCUGCUCAGUUGGUUGUCGUAUAACUCACCUUCAUCUUCUCUGCGGAGGAAUUAUCUCACUGCUCAGCACAUUGGAGCUUGUUGUCAAUCGUUACGCUGAGGGACUGGGCCUAACGAGAGAAAACAGGGCGCUUCGCGUCGUGCGUGUGGAAUUAGAUGAUGGACAGAAACUCAUUGGCUUAAAGUACCCGGAUGUUCUCAUAAGUGAAGUAUCGAAGUUGCUCAAAGACCAGAAAGCAAAUUCGAAUGAUAGAACUGAAUAUUCGAUGGUAAUCGAGAAUGCAUCGUCGGUGAGUGAAUACUUACGAAGCAAAGCGACAACACCUCCACUCACGCUAAAGAACUUCUUCAAAGUGAAGAAAAAGGACUCCGUAGAUAGAGAAGUUGGGGUGUGUAUUCAUGAUGAUGUUAAAACAGACAAUUGCAAGGAGGGCACUGAUACGAUCGGCGAAGGUUCUUCGGAAAUCGAAGAGGCGGCAAAAAAAUUAAAACCAAGAAACUCACAGAAUCCUGUGGUAGGAAAGAAAGAGAAAACUUCAGUAUAUUUUAAGCGAUCGUCCUCAUCAAUUGAAAGCAAAACAUUUAAACAGAAAAGCUUAAGUGUUAAACGGAACGCAUCUUGUAAUUUGUUACCGGAUCAGAGCAAGCGACAAAAGCAAUCGAACCUUAUGAACUCUUUUCAAAAGCGAAAGCCUUCAAAAUCAUUAGACUGUCCUAUAUGCGAAAUUAAAUUUGAUGUCAAUUUAAGUAAUGAAGAAAUUAAUAAACACAUCGAUGGCUGUCUUAUCGAAUAACCGAUUUUUAUCAUUUAAAUACGUCUGAAUUUUAAAUUUGUAACCUUCUACAAAAUUCGUAUUUGUAAAAAGAUGCAUUAAAGGUUGAAUUUUUUCUGGUUACAUUUCAUGUUUUGUUAGGUUCA